AUGGUGAGCUCCACUGUGUACCUCCCCCUGUUGGUGAACUCCACUGUGGACCUCCCCCCCUGUUGCUCCACUGUGUAUCCCCCUGUUGGUGAGUUCCACUGUGUACCGCCCCUGUUGGUGAGCUCCACUGUGUACCCCCUGUUGGUGAGCUUCACUGUGUACCACCCCUGUUGCUCCACUGUGUACCCCCUGCUGGUGAGUUCCACUGUGUACCACCCCCUGUUGCUCCACUGUGUACCCCCACCCCUGUUGGUGAGCUCGACUGUGUACCCUCCCCCUGUUGGUGAGUUCCACUGUGUACCCCCACCCACCCUGUUUGUGAGCUCCACUGUGUACCCGACCCUGUUGAAGAGCUCCACUGUGUACCACCCACCCCCUGUUGGUGAGCUCCACUGCGUACCCCCCGACCCUGUUGAAGAGCUCCACUGUGUACCCCCCUGUUGCUCCACUGUGUACCCCCCGACCCUGUUGAAGAGCUCCACUGUGUACCCCCCUGUUGGUGAGCUCCACUGUGUACCCCCGACCCUGUUGAAGAGCUCCAUUGUGUACCCCCUGUUGCUCCACUGUGUAUCCCCUCCCCCUGUUGGUGAGCUCCACUGUGUACCCCCACCCACCCUGUUUGUGAGCUCCACUGUGUACCCGACGCUGUUGAAGAGCUCCACUGUGUACCACCCACCCCCCUGUUGCUCCACUGUGUACCCGACCCUGUUGAAGAGCUCCACUGUGUACCACCCACCCCCUGUUGGUGAGCUCCACUGCGUGCCCCCGACCCUGUUGAAGAGCUCCACUGUGUACCCCCUCUCCACUGUGUACCCCCCCGACCCUGUUGAAGAGCUCCACUGUGUACCCCCGUUGAGCUCCACUGUGUACCCCCUGUUGGUGAUCUCCACUGUGUACCCCCUGUUGGUGAUCUCCACUAUUACCCCCCAUUGCUCCACUGUGUACCCGACCCUGUUGAAGAGCUCCACUGUGUACCACCCACCCCCUGUUGGUGAGCUCCACUGCGUACCCCCCCUGACCCUGUUGAAGAGCUCCACUGUGUGCCCCCCUGUUGGCCCUUACCCUCUGGCAUUAGCUCCCCCUGGUGGUUGGAGGGGGAUGGAGCGCGGUGGUGGGGAGAGCCCCCAUAUGCAGGACAGUCCUGAGCGGGAGCGGCGGGGGGGCAGCCCGGACCUCAGCGGACCACCGCCAGGGAAGAUGGGGCGUCUGGAGCGCAACGGGAGCCCCACUGGGCCAUGUCUCCUACACCACAACGGCAACCCACACGGACCCCUGGGAGAACUGAAGUUCUGGCCGUAA